AUGGGGUCUGGACCAACAACUCUAACAAUUGCUCUCGUAGUCGGGCUCUGCGGCGGUAUGCUGGUCAUCACUGCCCUGGGCCUGCUAUGUGGCUACUUUUUACGACGCCACUGGAUGGCAAAACGUCAUGAAUCUUUUGAACGAGCGCGAAUCCAUGCAUCGCACCCCGUCAUGGUUUCUAAAUCGGCCACAGGAUUCCGGCCAUACGUACGGCCCGAACACCCAGUCCUGCACAAUAUUCCCGUAAGUCUGUCACAACAUCCGCCUUCUUUGGCGCCAGGGAACCCGUACAAACAUAUACACCCCACACACUUGCGUCCAUCGGCAGCCUCACACUGCUCGGCUCCAAACCUAGCACUGUCUUCGACAGAAACGGACAAUGUGCGUUUCCCAAGUAUCAUCCCGGAGCAUGCAACGCAGCCGGCGACCAUUGCCGAGGGUCCUGGCAGUCCACUUCGUCGCACAGGGACCAUGUCAUCGAAGUAUAAACUCGGUCUGUCUAGACCGUCAAUGCGGAAUACAAGCCUUCGUUAUUCGCGCCUCAGCCACUCGAUGCUCUCGCGCUUGCCCUCGCAUUUUCGUUCCGGGCGAUCUAGUCGGUGCAUUUCGUUGGAAUCGGGUGAAUCGCUGGGUAUGCCAGAGAACCAAAUCCCGAUGGCUCGUCGUAUCCAGCGGAAAGAACAGCGCUUCCAAUAUGACUCGAGCUCGUACUCAUCCUCUGUCGCAACUCCUGAAGAUGGCUGGAAUAUGCCCGAGACGGAUUCGAUAAUGCCGCCACCUCCUGCCAUGCUAAAGUCUGAGCAAGAGCAUGAAAAUGAUAAACUACAUGAGCGGAUUAAAGAGUGGCAAGAACAGAGUAUCGUCGCUGACGCACCCGAGAGCGAAGAUGGACAUUCCCACAUUGCAGAACUUCCACCUUCCAAGUGGCGCACAGACAAGACACGCAUCGCUCGCUAUGGGACUCCUUCUUCGUCAUAUUCUUCUGGCUCGGAAUCUCUUUAUUCUCAUACGACCCUCAGCGAUGUCAUCAAUCCGUACAUGCGCUCGAACACGCCAACAUCGCUCAUGCGUAUUCCAUCGAUCAGACCUCAUUUUAUGGCAGAAACAAGUCUUGAAAGCUGGCUUGGACCAAGCGACCCACGUGUCCAAGUUCGACGACAACGUGCGACUCCAUCGCCCAGCCCUUCGAGCCUAUUUAAAGAAGUCCCUAUGGGCGGCUUGUCUGCAGAGGCAGUAGCUGCUUCUGGACGGACGCCAUCGCCUUGGGCACCGGAGUCGAAUUCUGUGCAUUCUUCACAUUCUCAUCUUGUCCGUGGUCAAGAUGUGCAGGAAACGCCACAACGCUCAUCUCGAGCUCUGCUGCCAACGACGCCGCCUCCCACAAGCGCGGGUAUGGCUGAGCCGACCCCAUCAACAGAAGUCCAACUUUACCUGCAUCCUGUCACCACGACGCAGCGUCAGCGCAUUUCCCAGGCAGGAUCUACCUCGUCUCGUUCGUCUUAUCCAAGCAGUGCAAGACUGUCUGUCGAGUUCCCACAAGACUGGAAACAUUCUUCCAAUGGCACCAUGUCCACCGAACUGACGUGGGUCGAAGAGGCCAGUCCUGCUGUCAUGUCCAAAGACGCAGAGGUCGAUGGUUUUAACCCGCAACAAGCACAUACUCCAGAUCAGCAGCAACAUGAUUUUCACGGAACAGCUCAGCAUGACAUUUCUGCUCCUGCCUUACCAGUUCCGCUUCCAAGACGCGAUGUUUCGGCUGCUACGGAUGUUGAAGCUAUGGGAUAUGCUUACGACCCCACUGAACCUGAACUAGCUGUUUAUCCUCCCCAAACGCCCCAAAUAUUGCGUGCCAUGCAUACGCGUCGUGCAUCAAACACAUCUCCAGAGUCACAUGUGCCAUGUUACCCCAACACUCCAAGGAAGUCUGACGUAACACAGGGGGGAGUGCCUAUGCUCAGCUCCGGUUCGGUGCGGCCAAAUUCGCCCGCAUCAACGGCCUCAUCGGAGUCUGUUUCUACUGAGCAUGGUUCUCAUCAUACGCGUCCAUUCAUGUCGCCGAGCUCACUAUUAGCAUCGCCUAUGGAGACAAUCCAAGCGUGGUUCCAAGUGCAUGGAGAAAAGCUUGGAACUCGAGAUACGCCGCUAGGGCCUCGUGCGAUGGUAUGA